CUGACAUGUUUAAGAAACACGAAUAAGUUUCUAAUCAGGUAAGACUUAUUGCACUUGGUAAGAUACCAGAUACUUGGUAAGAUACAAUGGUGUGCGCUUUUAGUUAUCCAGCCAUUCUUAUCCUUCUUCUGCAGAAUGGAUAUAUCACUGGUUUGACUAGCUGGCCGGAUGGAAAGUAUGGUCUGUUAAAACCUACAACYGGCUGUCCUGAAGAAUGGACAGACAAAGAAUGGAAAAAAACUAGAGUGAAAUAUAAAUAUGGGAACAACAGAUGGUCAUACAGACUGGAAUACAGGGGAUUGACUGAUAGAGGAUUUAUCUUUCAAACCACAGACGACAAUUAUCCAAACAUUGAGGCCUCACAGACCUUGAAUAUGGAAGAAUAUGUUGACCCAGACUUCGUCYUGAGGUACUUUUGUGUUAAAAGAACUGAAGUUAAACCAUCUUCGAUAAAAUGGCCACCAGGACAAUACUGUAUUUACGAACGUGGAAAGCAACCAGGGGGAAGGAUUCGAAUGUAUGAUAUGGACUAUAGCUACCGGCAUUCAACCAAAUAUGUUAAGGACUUUACUGACAACUGGUAUCAUUCAAUCAAUUUACAUUUUUCUUGUCAAACAAGUGGUAACGAAAAAAUUCCAAUCUCGUUACCGAUAACUAAACCCUUUUAUCUGCUGCCUUAUGGGUCACGAGACUGUCAACAAGUCGAAUGGAUGGUAGCAACAACUGAAUGGAUCAAGUACCACACAGGAAAUUAUAAAGACAGGUCUUAUCAGAAGUCUGGAACUGCAGUUCCGUUUUAUGAAAUUGGUGACAUCAAGAAUAAAGGGAUCACCAUGUAUUACUGCUAUUAUGAAAGUUGCAACUACACUCUGACAAACACGACAGGUGUUUUCCAGUCCCCUGGCUUCCCUGGUGAAUACCCGGAUGGACAGCUGUGCUCGUGGAGGAUCAUGGUCCCUGAUAAUCACACCCUACAUGUUCACUUUACGAACUUCUCUUUGUACGAGUACGAUAAAGACUGUUUACAGCUAUACGAAAAUAAUAGUAGGAUUUUUAAACAUAGGCAAGCAUUCUUUGGCCAACAGCCACCCUUCACCAUCACAGCCACUAGUGAUGUGAUGUUCGUUUUUCGAUCAGACGAAGAAAACAACAGCACUGGAUUCAGGGCAAAUUAUACGAUGUUCAAAACACCUGAGAGAACCACCACAGCCCCACCCAAACCACCAACAACAACUACGCUUCCAACAACCACGACCCAAUCAACAACAAAACUUAUAACAACACAACCAACGACAACCAAACAACCAACAACUAAGCGGCCAAGCACUACAGAAGCAACAACAACAUUUCCAACGACACCAAAUAUUAACUCGACAGCAAAUGAAACGGUACAAUGCAUCCCUAUCACAACUAAAAACAAAUCUUACAAUAAAGACAAUAUCCAUUCAUUAAAGAAAACAUGUUUUUGUGACGAGACUUGGAGAAUAGUUAUCAUGGUGUUACCGUUGGUCGUUUUUAUCCUUAUUGUCCUCGUCAUUAUCGACAUUUUUUGUCGUUGCAGAUCCAUAAAAGCCUUACAAAAAGGAACAAGUGGAUCAAGUGCUAAUGAUGGGAUGGUCGUAAACCCGACAUACGAGCGAGGAAACAUAAUUCUUGACCAAACUACUGACACUACCACAGUCGCGUCAACCGCAAACACAGUUGAUGACCAACCGCAGUCACGUGACGAGCCUCCCGAUUACGAAGACGUCGAUUACACCCAACUGAAUGAAGUUCCACCUCCAAGAAGAUCAAUAAAACGUGAAGAAUGUCAUGCACUAGAGCCCGUUGGUUAUGAUACCCCUGAUGUAUUUUACCACGUGCUGGAGCACCCAAAUAUAGAAUCAUCAGAUGGACCACAAUGCCAUGCGACCAAUCAUUCUGGCAAAGAAGCCUCUUCUGUUUUUUACCACGUACUGGAGCCCCCGGAGAUAGAGUCGGAUGGACCACAAUUCCAUGCACCCGAGCCUGUUGGUAAUGGCGCCCCAGAAGUGUCUUACCACACAUUGGAAUCCCCCACAGCUUUGAAUAGACCAACCUAUCAGAAUCUCUCAGAAGUCAACCAUUACACAUUGAACCCACUCUACGAAUCAGCAGAGAACUCUGCUCCGCUUGUUGAGGCAAACAAACUUUACGACAAUUCCAUCGCAUGAGUGUGACAUAGCAUAUCAUCAAGUAGGACAGAUUCCGCGUGACUACGACAAAUAAUAGAACACGGCACGGUAAGCUGAUGGAACGGACUCGAAACGAAGACUUUUAAUUUCAGGAAUGGAAUUACUUGCUCUGGUAACGCGCGAUUUACUGCUCGUCAAAUGUUCGGACUGUCACGUCAUCUACCGUCAC